AUGACGAGCUUAUUGGCGAUUUCAGCAAUGUCACCACCCCCACACAAACCAAGAACAACAAAGACACUCCCAUUACAACUACUCCUUCAAUUAAACCAUCUCUUGCAGAAGUCCAUAUUCAGCAGGAAAUUCUACCAAGAGAUCAACGACAAAGUCUUGAGCAAGACAUCAACAGUAGACCAAAACUUGUAUUUCAUCUGUUACUUUUCAUUACUAAUUUCAUCAAUCCUCAACAACAAGUAUCAAAUUCGUGAUUUCUUACGUCGUCAACAAUACAAAUUACUACAAUUGGUCAAAGUGGGAGCCAACAAAGUAAACAUCGACACAUCCAAUGUCAAAGCUCUCAACCAGCCUAAGCCUCAACCAACACCAGAGUCACAACAAAAACCAUCAAACUUGGCAUACCAUUUGAAAAAAAUCAAUCUGUACUUGGCCGACGUGAGGAUUUUCAACAGAUUGACAGACUCAAUCAAGUACAUGCCGUGGCUAAUUGACGAAUACCAUUCCUGGCGCAACCCCAGUGCAGCAACACCCAAAUUUGAUCGUUUUGUCAAUAUGAUCCAAGCCCUAAACUGUAUCGUUUUGGAAUUGUUUGAAAAUGCCGGAUGGUUGACCGAUCACGAUUGGGUCGGGACUGGUGAUAACAACUAUUGGUGCAUUGAAACUUAUAUCUGGUGUUGUCGUGUUUGGGGUGCUUAUUUAUUAAUUGAAAUUGCCGAGAUGUUGAGAAGAACUCCUGUUAGUAAAUGGGGUAACAAGUCUUGGCAAAUCUCGUUGUUCAAGAAUGUUAUACAAUUGCCCUUGGUAUUGCAUUGGUGUUUGAGAGAUGGAUGCUUGACCCCAUUCUGGGUUGGACUUUGUGGUUCUGGUGCCUCUUGGUGGAACUUUAAGGACAUGUGGCUGUCGAUUGAUUUGUCAUAG